AUGUCAUCAUCUGCCGCUGCUGUCUCAGGUUUUGAACCCAAAAAAGAGGCUUCAGAUUUGAAGGUAAGACAGCACAAUUCUUCUGCUGCUACUUCGAAGGCUGCCAAAGAUUCUGCUUCCAUCGAUGAGAAGGACGAAAAUGUAAAGAAGCAACAGCCCCCAUCCGAAGAGUCUCCUCUUUGUAAGGUGGAAGCAUGGGUUAUGCCAAUUGUCUUCACAGGUCUUUCGUUCUUUACGAGAAUGUACAAGAUUGGUGUAAAUAACCAUGUGGUUUGGGAUGAAGCACAUUUUGGUAAGUUUGGUUCUUACUAUUUAAGACAUGAAUUCUAUCAUGAUGUUCAUCCACCUUUGGGUAAAAUGCUCGUUGGGCUAUCUGGUUACUUGGCUGGUUAUAAUGGUUCAUGGGAUUUCCCCUCAGGUGAAGAAUAUCCUGAUUAUUUGGAUUAUGUCAAGAUGAGAUUGUUUCAAGCAACCUUCUCAUCUCUAUGUGUCCCAAUGGCCUACAUUACUGCAAAGGCCAUUGGAUUUAGCAUUCCUGCUGUUUGGUUAUUCACUUGUUUAGUCCUUUUCGAAAAUUCUUACGCUACUUUGGGUAGAUUCAUCCUAUUAGAUUCAAUGCUACAAUUCUUCACCGUCGCAUCGUUCAUGUUUUUCAUCUUAUUCCAUACUCAACGUAAAAAUCCAUUUUCCAUCAAGUGGUGGACCACUUUGGCAUUAUUAGGUUUCAACUUGGGUUGUGCCAUCUCUGUGAAAAUGGUGGGGCUAUUCAUCAUCACUUUAGUCGGAAUCUACACUGUUGCUGACCUAUGGACAUUAUUACCAAAGCAAGCAACUCUCAAGACAAAGAAGCUGCAAGCGUGGAAAGUAUAUGGAUGUCAUUGGAUUGCAAGAAUUGUAUGUCUUAUCAUUAUCCCAUUCCUAGUCUUUUUAACUUGUUUCAGAAUCCAUUUCGCACUAUUAUCUCAUUCAGGUACAGGAGAUGCUAACAUGCCAUCACUUUUCCAAGCCACUUUGGAUGGUUCUGAUGUCGGAAAGGGUCCCCGUGAUGUCGCUUUGGGUUCAUCAUUUGUUUCCAUUAAGAAUCAAGCCUUAGGUGGUGCCUUGUUACAUUCUCAUGUGCAAACUUUCCCCCAGGGAUCAAAUCAACAACAAGUUACCGGAUACGCGUAUAAUGAUGAUAACAAUAUUUGGUUCUUUGAUAGAAUUAGAAUUCCAGGAAACCAACCUUGGUCUAAUGAAACUGAGACAGAUAUUGAGUAUGUUCGUGUCGGAAACGAGUAUCGUUUAGUGCACAGAAGUACCAGGAAAAAUCUACAUGCUGAUAAAAUUGUCGCUCCCGUUUCCAAAAAUGAUUGGGAAGUGGCAGGUUUCGGUUAUGGGUUUGAAGUGGGCGAUGAUAUGGACAAUUGGAUCAUUGAAGUUAUCGAACAAGCUGGUGAUGAGGAUAAAUCCAUGAUUCAUCCAUUGACUACCACCUUCCAUAUUAAGCACGCUGUAUUGGGUUGUUAUUUGACACAAACUUUGAAACAAUUACCAGAAUGGGGAUUCAGACAAAGUGAAAUGACUUGUUCUCAUAAAAUUUCUAAGAAUGAUAAGAGAACUUGGUGGAACGUUGAAUCUCACGAAAAUGAGAAAUUACCUGAUCCUGAUGCUUCAUUCCAUUAUCCAAAGACUAAUUUCUUUAAGGAUUUCUUAUUUUUGAACAGAAUUAUGAUGGCUACCAAUAAUGCUUUGGUCCCAGACAGUGAUAAAUAUGAUUCUCUAGCAUCUGCGGCUUGGCAAUGGCCCACUCUAAAUGUCGGUUUAAGAUUAUGUGGUUGGAAUGAUGAUACAGUUAAAUAUUUCUUAUUAGGUUCUCCAGCAUCCACAUGGCCUUCCACUGUAUCCGUGAUAGUCCUAAUGAUUUUCAUCGUUGUUCUAGCAUUCAGAUGGCAAAGACAAUUAACUAAUUUUGCAAAUGAUAAGGCAUUGAACACCUUUAUGAUGGGUGCCUUCUAUCCAUUAUUGGCAUGGGGCUUACAUUUCAUGCCAUUCGUCAUUAUGGCUAGAGUCACUUAUGUCCACCAUUAUUUACCAGCAUUAUACUUUGCCUUAUUAGUUCUUGCUUAUUUCUUUGAAGCUAUCAUUAGAAGACCAAAGGGCACUCUAGCCAAAUAUAUUACCUACAUUACGUUAGUACUAUACUUUGCCGUUGUCAUUGGUGGAUUCUUCUACUUCUCUCCAAUUAGUUUCGGUAUGGAUGGACCAUCUAAAAAUUAUAGAUAUUUAGACUGGUUAUCAGGAUGGAAGAUUUCUGAUCUUAAUGAGUGA